AUGCAAUCCAGUGUUUUCACGUCGUCUCACAUUAUCGGCUGCGGAGAUUCGUAUUGCACUGGUUCGUCGUCGAAUACAAUCAGCGGGAACACGUUCAAGCUGUGUAGCUCCUACGAAUGCGCCGACACAUCAAGCCCUGGAGCUUCUGCCGUUGGCGAUCCCCACCUGCAGAACAUUUAUGGUGAGCGGUUCGAUUUGAUGAAGCCCGGCGUGCAUGUUCUGAUCAACAUCCCUCGUGGUGUGAGCGCUGACGCCGCACUGCUUCGCGCGCAGGCCGACGCGCGACGGCUAGGUGGACAAUGCGCGGAUCUAUACUUUCAAGAACUGAACGUCACCGGGUCUUGGGCGGAGGCACAACAAGUUGGAAGCCAUCACUACAGCGUAUCCACCUGGCCACGGCAAGUCCCGCCACCGUGCUAG